AUGUCAACAUAUAAUAUAACAAAUAUAUUAUUUUCAAAAGUCUUUAAUAAUACAGUUAUUAGAAAUGAGAUAUUCAAUCGAGUUUAUUCAAUUAAUAAGAAGUUGUUAACAAUUAAUAAUACAUCAGUCUUUGGAUAUAAUCGAUUGAUAUUGUCACCAAAAGCAUUGAUUGGUAAUGACUAUCUUGAUUUAUUCAUUCAGUACUUAAAUGUUCAUGACUUUGAUAAAAAUAAGAUUUCACAUUACUUUAUGUGGUCAGUUGACUUUAGAAAUCUUAGAAUACUACAAUAUCUUUAUGCUUUGAUUUCAGAGAGUAUAGAUGAAGAGAUCAUAACGAGUUUGAAACCUUGUAACCUGAUGAGUUUAGCCGCUUAUAAAUGCAACGUAGAUAUGUUGGAAUGGAUGAACCAGAACAAUGAUUUGGAGAUAUUCAAAUCAUCAUCUAAAUAUUUAAUGUUGCCUGGUCGACCAAAUGCAGCUGCCUCGUCAGCCAAUCUCGACAUAUUGACCUGGGUACUUGAGAACUACGAUGGUUGUAAAGAUAUCAAUUGGCUAGCAGUAAUCACAUCGGUUGUAAUAAAUGAGCAUGUAAAUAUACUCGAGUGGAUCAAUGAACAUCACAGACCUUCCGACAUUCAAUUGACCUAUUUCGAUUUACUUCACUCCGUAUCUGCAAAUAUACAUUGUGAUACAAUCGAUUGGAUUCAUAAGAAUUGGCGAUCUGUCAAUUUCGAUCACAACUAUGAUUCAGUUGCAAUGUCGGGAUCACUGGAGUUGAUUCGUUGGUUAUACGAGAAUCUGUCGGCAACAAACACAAAACCUGUAUUCACAAUGGACGCUAUAGACAAUUCAGCGUAUUUCAACAGUGCAGAAGUUACAGAUUUCCUACAUUAUAAUCUAUGGAAAAAAGGUCAGAGUCAAGAUUCUCCUCCCGACUAA